AUGAAAAAGGUAAGAUCUGCUAGGGUUUCUUCUUCUCUGUCUUCUAAGGCUACUUCUAGUUCCUUCUCAGGGCGAGGUGGUGCUUCAGAUUUUGGUGUCUGCGGUGGUGACGAAGAGGAGGAAGAUGGUGGCGCUGAUGGGGAGCGCUUGGAUGGCGGCGAUGGCUCUAAAAGCCCGUGCUUCUCUCUGUUUAUCGACGGUAUUUCAGAAGCUGUGGGUUACCAUCAGGUGCGAAAUCUUUUCUUGAAGCAUGGCAAGGUGAAAAGCAUAUUCAUCCAACGACAACAGAAGGUUGGGCGAAGAUUUCGGUUCGGGUUUGUCCGAUACAUUCUAAAGGAGGACACUUUUGCAGCAAUGAAGCGUCUUGACAGUUUUAGGAUUGGUGGCGCCUUCUUGUUUGUCCCCAGCUAA